AUGGCCGAGUCAUCCUCCUCGUUCGAUUACGGGGAGUUCCUCGGAACGAGCAAAUGUGGUCAGCUGUUGUCUCCAACCGAAAGGGGGAACCUGGAGAUCUCAGUCUCCAGGCAAAGAGCAGUUACAGCGACAUCUCGAAACUGGACUUCGUCAUCGGGGAAGAUACAGAUUUCACGUAAUAAUAAAUAGGGAUUCUGUUAUUUCUGCUUGUUGCCAUUUGCUUGUACUUGUUGUAGGUGUUUUUUUUCUAGGUUAUUCCUUCGACGAAGAAGAUGAAAAGGGACUUGUACUAGAUCGAUCAUGUGACUUUGUCCACUAAUCAUCUUUUGACUUUAUCCACCAAUCAUCUUCGCCCAAUUCAUCCCCCUACAUCAGUCCGACGCACUUCCAACGACGACGGACCCGAGAGGAGCACAACCGUGACCAAGGACUUGGAUGUUGGGUACUCAAGCGCUAAGCUUAAUGGAACAAAUUACCAACAAGUUAAGGGUGACUCGGAUUACGAAAGCGAAGAUGAAGACGUCAGUGCAGCAGUUCCUUUGCUUUUUUUAGCUGCUAAUCAGGCAGGUGGUGGAGGUGCCGUAUCCUCGGGUUCUUCCUCUUCCAGCAGUCGGAGACAUAGCACUACAACAGGCGGAUUAGAUCUAGAUGAAGAAGGAUCUACACCGUCUUCUAGCGCUUCUACCUCAUCAUCUUCGCGACGUUAUUCCAAAGAAGAAAUCGAAUCCCUGUCCCAGCAAAUACCUCGAGAACUCUCGAUUCAAGAGAACACAAAUGUCGAAGCCGUGAACCUUAGGUUCGACAAUGUGCAGCUUUCGCCUGGACUUGUCCCAGUGCUGGCGGCCUAUCUUGGGACAGCGGUGAAGUCAUUGGUUAGCAACUUAUCAACAACUUCCGGCUCUAUCGCAAAUUCUGCUCAACAACUCGGCUUAGCUGGUGGAGGGGCUUUUCCGUUGAAAGUCUCAGGCUUUGGUCCAACCGAUUUUGCUGGGGCAGUCGAAGGCGAAUUGACCACGCAUGUUGGCCUGCUGUCCUUGGCUUCGUCAGUUGGGUUUAUUGGGUCGAUUAGAGGCUUGAACAGCAUGAAGACAGCGAAGCAGGGAAACGUGAUGGGCAUGGCGGCGACGGCGAUGGGACUGCUGUCCGUGUUAGCGAGUCCAGGGUUUGGACCAAACCACUUGAGAUUUUUUUAUGAUAUUUGCUGUUAUUUUUCAGUGAUGUCAAUUAUACCUUCAAAAUUCUUUUCCAAUUUUUUGGUCUUUUGAUGUUAUUUUUCAGUGAUGUCAAUUAUACCUUCAAAAUUCUUUUCCAAUUUGGUCUUUUGAUGUAUUUUUUCAGUGAUGUCAAUUAUAUUUAUACCUUAGGUCUUUUCCAAGGUCUGUCUCUAAUCUGCAUCUUGCUUCCUCGCCGCUGGUGGUGUAGGCUAUACAAUCGCAGAAAGCGUAGCAAUGGAGGAUAUGCCGCAACUCGUCGCGGGAUUUCACUCUUUUGUCGGUCUGGCUGCUGUUUUAGUUGGAUUUGCAAACCACUUUGACGGAGCGGCCAUUGGAAGCGGACUGCAAUUGUUCGAGGAAUAUUUUGGUGUAGGAAUUGGCGCGUUGACGUUUACUGGUACUUCUAUUGUACCUAGUUCUUUGUUUGUGUAUUCCUGAUAUUAUAUCAAUAUCUACUUAGGAGAUCAUGUUCAUCUUUAUCAGGUUUUCCUAUUCCAGAUCCAGUAUCAUCUAGUUUUUAUUUGCACAGAAAAUAAUUAGGUUCCGUCGUCGCAGCCGGCAAACUUCAUGGCGUUAUCCCUGGUGCCCCUCUCAUCCUCGAGAACCGGUGGGCUCUCAACGGCCUUGCUCUCGGUUCUUCAGCGUUAAUGGGCCUCCUCUACGUCCAAGGCGGUGCUGGAAGUCUCCACUCGCUCUACCUACUCCUUAACGCCAUCGCUUGGGCCGGUUUGGGCGUCAAUCUGGUCCUGCCCGUUGGUGGCGCUGACAUGCCUGUGGUGGUUUCCCUUUUGAACUCCUUUUCCGGUGUCGCGACGGCGGCUAGCGGCUUCAUGCUGCGCAAUGACCUACUAACGAUUACGGGAGCCUUGGUGGCCUCUUCCGGCGCAUUGUUGAGCGACAUCAUGUGCAAGGGUAUCAAUCGCAGUUUGACCAACGUCUUAAUUGGCGGAUUUGGUGUGGAUAGUUCAGCCGCUGGUGCAGCUGCCGCUGGAGGAGGUGCUGGCGCAGCAACAGCUGGCGGCACCCACAGAGAGCUGUCCUACGAGUCUUGUGCUCACGCUUUACUUGACGCCAAGAAGAUCGUCAUUGUGCCUGGCUACGGUCUCGCGGUCGCCCGCGCUCAGCAGAAACUGCAAGAGUUGGUUGAGAUUUUGAGGGGUAUGCGUAAAACAGUUCAUUUUGCGAUUCAUCCAGUGGCAGGACGAUUGCCAGGUCAUAUGAACGUCUUGUUAGCGGAAGCUAACGUGCCAUAUGAGAUUGUGCGGGAAAUGGACGAGAUCAAUGAUGUCAUCACGACCUACGACGUAGCGAUUGUGAUUGGAGCGAAUGAUAUCGUACCUGUUUUUCGUUUAUUGGCUACUAUGUACAAUGAAUGUUCUUGAAGUUGAUUUCUUAGCGAUUGUGAUUGGAGCGAAUGAUAUGAUCGUACCUGUUCUUCGCUUUUUUUGACCAUGUAGUGGCUACUAUGUACAAUGAAUUGGCUACUAUGUACAAUGAAUGUUGAAGUUGACUUCUUAGACCAAGAUGAACAGAUUGAUGUUCUUGAUCGACAGACAUACUUCGAAUUGCUGGUACAACCGCAUCAAAUUCAAAUUGCUUCUGUCGUGCAAAAAAACUCUCAGAUCUUCUUGUCCUACUCCUCGAGUCCUCCUCGUCCUACUACACCUACUCUGAUCAAAAAUCUUCACUCCAGGUGAACCCCGCCACGCAGUCUGAUGUUACCUCACCUAUCUACGGCAUGCCAGCCAUCGAGAUUUGGAAGGUGAAGCAGUGCGUUGUGCUGAAGCGUUCCAUGGCAACCGGCUACUCCGGAGUCGACAAUCCCUUGUUCUACCUCGACAACGUCCAGAUGCUCUUCGGCGAUGCCCGUGCGAGCACAGAAGCUCUUGUGACCCAAGUGAACGAGAAGAAGGAGCAACGCGGCGUCGAUACUUCCCUCGUCAAUGGUGAGCCAGAGUCGGAGGAGGAGGUGAGCGAGUUCGUGAACCCGAACCACGAAACCGAUUUCCCAGUAGCCAACAAGGUUUUAGGCUUUGUCAGAGAAGUCCAGAUUGUGGGAGUUGAUUCAGGAGCGAGUGUGAGCACAGCUAUGGAGAAGCGGGUUGCAAUUACGCCAGCUGUUGUGCCCAAGUUGAGAAAGUUGGGGUUUAGACUUGUCAUGGAAGCAGGUUCGGGAGAUGAAGCAAACUACCCAGAUAGCGCGUAUGCGGAAAAGGGAGGUGUCGAAAUUGUGGCCACGAAACAGGAGGUUUUGAGUCAGGCAAGCGUGAUUGUGAAAGUUUCGGAGCCAUUGCCGGAGGAACUCUCUGUGCUCAGCAGAGGCCAGAUCAUGGCUGGUAUCUGGGGAAUGUACGGCAAGGAGAGCAUCAUCGAGCAAGCAAAAGCGAAUACUAACGGUCCUGUGGUGUUCAACAUGGCACUGAUUCCGAGAAUAAGCAGGGCACAGGUAUAUUUCAAUUGUGUUCAACAUGGCACUGAUUCCGAGAAUAAGCAGGGCACAGGUAUAUUUCAAUUCAUUCAUCCAAUGUUGAAGAAAAUGCAAUUGCAAUCCCAAUCGUCCUCAACGUCGACUUACAUUUUUUACAAGAAACAACACCUUGAGUUUGUUCAUCAUCCGGGAAAUCCUACCAGGCUCUCGACGUUCUUUCGUCCAUGGCGAAUAUUGCUGGUUAUCGUGCGGUCCUCGACGCCUUCCAACGCUAUCCCCGGUUCGCCAAGCCCUCUACCACUGCCAGCGGCAACACUCCACCUGCCAAAGUGUUUAUCAUCGGUGCCGGCGUCGCCGGUUUGUCCGCUAUCGCCACUGCCCAUGCUCUAGGCGCUAAGGUGUACGCUUCGGACGUGAGGUCUGCUGCCAAAGAGCAGGUCGAGUCUAUGGGCGCGGAGUUUGUCGAAGUGCAGGGGAUGAUCCAAGGCGAAGGCGCGGGCGGAUACGCCAGGGAUAUGGGAGAGGAGUUCAAAAUCCGACAAAAGCAGAUGUACGCGAAGUACUGCAAGGAGUGCGAUAUCGUGAUCACCACAGCGCUGAUUCCUGGACGUAGUGCGCCAAUCGUGAUCACCAAGGAAAUGGUGCAAUCGAUGAAGCGCGGAAGUGUAGUGGUCGAUCUAGCAGCACUGAACGGUGGAAACUGUGAGAUAACGCGCAAGGAUGAGGUGGUAGUGACGCCGUCAAACGCAGUGACGGUUAUCGGAAAAACGAACUAUCCUAGCGAGAUGGCGCCGCAAGCCAGCGACUUCUUGGCUAGGAACUUCUUGGCGUUCUUGGACGUCCUCUGCCAAGGCGAUGCAAGCAAUGUUCUCUCCAGACUGAACCUGGACGAUCAGAUUGUGCGUGACUCCAUGAUUGUGCACGAGAACGAAUUGAUGUACCCACCGCCAGCACGGGAGCAGCCAGUUCAACAUACGCCUGCUCCAGUGGCUGGAGUUGGUGCGGCUUCCGCAACUCUUCUUGGCACAAAAGGAGGUAGUGCUGGUUCGACCACAGUAGGAGGAUCAUCUUUGAACGAGAGUCAGAUGGGCGGAGCGUCUCCGACUCCAGGUUCCAAUCCGGCUUUGAACCUUUCGACAGCAUCUAGUGGUUCCGGUUCCGCAGCAGUUGCACCAGGGCUUCUAGUCACAGUUCUCGAUUGGAUGUCCCAGCACAGCGAAGAACUCGCCAUGUUUCUGGGCACUGGCGUUCUGCUUGCUCUCGGUCUCGGCACCAGCAUUCCUCCAGAGGAAAUCACGCACCUCGGCUACUUCGUUCUCUCCCUCAUGAUCGGGAAUUUCACGGUUGCUAGCGUCACCCCAGCACUGCACACACCGCUGAUCUCCGUGACCAAUGCGAUUUCCGGUAUCAUCGUGAUCGGAGGCAUGCUACAAUUGGGAGGACCGAUGCUGAGCGCCAAGGUGGCCUGUGCGAUGUUAGCGAUCUUCUUUAGUUCCGUAAACAUCGUGGGUGGAUUUGCGGUGACGGCACGCAUGCUGGAUAUGUUCCGAUCGGAGACCACAGCCGUACGAAAACUACAACAUUAACUUCUUCUACAGAACAAAAAAACGAGAGACGAGAGAAUUUUUAUGAAUCGGUUUUUUUGUUUCUUGACAAUCUGCCCUGAAAAACCAUCCACCACCUAUUGCUUGGUUUCGAUCACUAUCUCUUGUUUGAACUGUACGAGUUCCCCGGUUUCUCCUCAUCAAAAGUAGACUACCACUACAUCUUCAUCUACAAGAACUAGGUAGAAGAACUCUGAUCAUCUCCUUGUUCUUCAAGAGGGCCGUUCUCCCUAUCUUCCCCUCCCCGAUGAACUUUCAUAUCUCGUUCCCGCUUCCCGGUCCGCAUCUCGACAGAAUACCGGCGCAGUCCUGAAUGUUUAAGCCGUGCUGAACGUUUAAGCCGUGCUGAACGUUUAAGCCAUCAUCUAAGACAACUCUGUAGUCUUCAUGCUACUUACCCUUCCAUCUUUCAUUGUGAAGAUUGAACGACCUCCAACGAACAAUAUUUUUACCCUGAACUACUUGUACUUCUUGUACUUUUUGAACUUGAUGAACUUCUUGUUUUUGAAUCCUUCGAAUUUUUGAACUUUCUUUGAUGUUGAACAACUGAUCAAGAACCAGUACAAAGACCGUGAACGAUACUGGAUCUAGACUACUCACCGACCACUACAAAAUCGGAACGUGAACGAUACUAGAUCUAGACUACAAAAAUAAUUGAUGAUACAUAUUUAGAGAUGAUUAUUUAGGAGGUUAAGGUGUUAGUAGAGAUACUAUAUCGUUACCUCAAGUAGAGCAUCCUGAUAUAAUUGAUGAGUGACUAAAGCCGUAACCAGAUGAACUAGAAGCAGCAGCGGCAGUUUGUACCACGCUAGUGAUGUUGGUAGCAGUACCUGCUUCAAGAAUUGAAACUUUCUGUACUUAAUGAUCAAAGACGAGGAUGCCCGUCGAUAUGGAGUGCGCGGUAGACCCCACGUCUGACGAUCACGAAUAUUGUGGUUUCACCCAGUGACUCACUGAGCCUUAUUUCUCGCCCUCGUCCUCGCGCACGACUUGUGCUACCCUAACAGAUUUUGAUUUGAUGAAGCAAAGCCGAUUUCUCAAUCUUGAUGGUGACUCUCUGCCAACCCCAACAGUCUUUUUUCUGCAGAGGUGUCUACUCUAGAAGUUGAUAACCAGAAGUCCCAGUGAAUCAUGUAUGAUUGAUCUCUAUUUCCAACUUUGUGAAGCCCUAGUCGUAGCUAGCCUCACAUGACCACCUUGUUUUGAGAAACAAAUUUUCGUUAAUUAUCAGUUCUUGAAUUCUUCAUUGAAAUUGUUCUUGCCUUUUGACAGUGCCCUACUUGAUGAAUUGCUCGAGUGGGCAUUUUAGGGCAGAAAUGUAGAUCACUAGAUCGAUACAGAAUUAUUCUGCAGAACUAUUCCUUUCCUUGAUAUCAAAGAUGAUGACGACGCACGACUUAAUUAAGGAUUUCAUUCAAAAUUUUUCUGGUGGCUCCGUCCAUUACAUGACAAUAAUUAACCACCGACGAUUAUGACUACGAGGAGCAAGCAACAGCAUGACAGCUGGAAAAUGCGAUCAACACGGACGACACCUUACUUACACACUCUCUAAUAUACAGUUUGCGUGGUCCUUCUCAUAAGUUAGUGGCACUCUCGACUGGAAAAUUGAUGCCCAUCUUUUUCUUCAGUGUGCAGAUGAAUAAGAGUUCUAUCGCAUCGACCUAAUGAUCGCGAGGACGAUUUCGUCCUAGAAAUAGAUGUAAUGAAGAGUUCUUGAUUUUGAGUUUGAACUUUCAUCUUUGCGACCAAUGGUGUAUUCCAAGAAUAGAAAUGUUGAACUUCUCAUCAUGCUUUUGUCCUUGUGGAGAUAUUGAAAUCAACAAACCCUGGACGACCUGUCGGACUGUUUAAGGUCGUGGUUUCGCUUGGCGAACUAUGUUCAGUGGCACAGGAACCAGCGUGCGCUGCGACGUUGCUCUAAGUAAUUAGAAACAAACAUUGCGGAUCCGGAUGAAAAGACAAUAUGAUCAACAUUCCUAACGCUAACGCUAACUGCAGCUAUGUACAUGCGUUCGUCUAGCUCACGCUCCGACAUUCUUCUACUGAAGCCGCCAGGACUCACCUCAUUGGAAAAGACUCUGCGUCUGCGCUGCAGAAUCUAGCAUCACCUAAGAUACUCGAUUGGGUCAGAUGGAAGGUAAGGCCGAGUCGGUCAGGAGAUGAAUGAGUAAGGUUG